CUCCUUUGGGUAAUUCCCAUAACUGCAUACAUUAUUGACGAGCCGGACAGUCUAAAAUGACUCAUUUCGGCCAGGAUUUAACUACGGGCGAAAGAAAGCCUUCAGUUUGAAUCACCCCGGAGUCUUGAGAACGUCAUUUGGACCCAAUCAAGAGGAAGAUUGAACUUUUGUAACUCCAUCUUAAUCUUGCCUCUCCACCAAAGACUCCAAAAUAUGUUUUGACAAGCAUUGAUGGACAUGCGGAGAGCCCUCGCACCCAUCUUCCCAAGAUGCUGUACGAAAACAAAGGUUGUCCCGGAUACUUUUUGUAAAUAAAGAGGAUGAAAUAGUUGGACGAUCCCAAAGUCUGUCGAUUGGAUAUCGAAAAGAAUACUUAACGUAGAUGCGUUGAGGCUUCGCUCAAAAAUGACGACCAAUUUGUUGCUGUGGGCCCAGGAAGAGGGAGGAGGCAUAAUGUGCUUAUCUAUUAUGAAGCACCCGUUUGUCUCCACUCUUGAGAGCAUUGUUUUGAGCUGAUGGCAACUUUCAAGGGAUUAAAUCCCACUUUGUUGUUGUCGCAUGUAGGAUUGACGAGCAUACAUUAUCGGUUGCCAUGGGGUUGAGCGGACUCACUGACCACUGGACAUAAGACCUCCCAAAGCCUUUCCUUGAGCCUUUCCUUCGAGCUGGAGGAGGACUGCCUUCUUCGCCACUUGCACCAUUUCUCGAUAAUGACGGUGUUGGAUUGCUAAACACAUAUUGCAAAGAAGGUCCAUCCACAUAUCCCUCCAUUUAUUCAUCCACCUCUAAAUCUCCAGCUGUUGUAGUUGUUGUGUCAGGACAUGAGAUUUUUCAAGAAGAAUAAGAUCACAUCUCGUCGGUUUGAUGGAGAGCACAACCACGAAGAUAAUUUCGAAGGUCCAUUGGACAAACGAGGCUGCACGGACUGCCUUUGCCUGCUCAUAUUUGCGGCCUUUCUCGCGGGAAUGAUAGCCCUAUUCGUGUUGGCAGCCAUCCAAGGUGAUCCCUAUCGCGUGACCCAGGGUUAUGAUAUCCAGGGAAAUGUUUGCGGAAAGAAGAAUACUCUGUUGGAUGGGAUUCCUCUCAGCGGUCAAAACCUGGUCGACUCUCCGUUCUUGCAUUUCAAUCUCGUUCGUCAUGCACAAAUCUUGGGCGAGGAUGCUUUGAAUCAAGCUCUCUCAGGCCAUGAUGGGACGUCCCUUUCCGACGAGUCCAAUCGGAAUCGAUCGGAAAAGGUGAUCUUUUGCUAUUCGGGGGUGAAAGGUGGUCCAUCAAGUUCCACCACAACCACCACCACUACUACUACAACAACGACAACGACAACAACGACGACGAGGACGGCCUCUGGUUCAAACUCAGGCGGAACAGGAGCUCUUCGUAAAGUUCCUUCCUUAGUUGUGGCAAUUAAGCCUUCGAGCUUGGUCCCUGAAACUCAUGCAAAAGUUGGGUUGGAGCCAAGGUCAGGUGCAGUCUCCAACCAGGCGGAUAUAGUUACCAUUUCUCAGAAAGGCCACCGAACAGAUGAGCCCACCAUUCGGGUGCUGAAACUGAAAUACGAUGCCAUAGAAAUAGGUCACCUUGAGCAAGAACAUCAGUCCAUGACAGCCUUGCUCACCGGGGACGGAGACAUUCAAGUUUUCCGCAUAGCCAAAUUGGAAUCCCAAGAUGCCAACUCGAACCAAACAUUUCAGACAGCGCAAAUGUACGAGAGCCAUGGCCAAGAGACGAUAAAGAGCUUGCUUUCACUCGAUCCUUUGACCACGAGCUUGACAGCGGGAGGAUCUUGUCGCUAUUGUGUGAAAAAUUGUCCAGAAAACUAUAAAGCUUAUUUUUCCCGAUGUAUUCCCGUUUUCGCCGAGGACAAGGCUGAACAAUUCUAUUCUGGAAGUGGGAUGAGUGGUUUCAUUGGCGACGUCAUUGCAGAUCUGAAAAUCUCGUGGAAGGAAAUCCUGUACAUUAGCCUCAUUGCAUUCGGAUUAUCGGUCCUGGUGACCCUACUCUUUCGCUUCUUUGCCAGGGUUAUUGUAUAUUUGAUAUUGGUACUAGCAAUCAUUGCCCUCUUGGCAGGCACGGCGUUUCUAUGGGUAAUUUGGUACUUGAAGCGCGAUUACUUCAACGAUCAUUACUUCGGGAGUGCUAAUUCCACCAAUGCUACUAACGAGAAAGGUCAGGGGGAGAAUGAGCUCAAUGAUCGAAAUGUAGCCCAAAGACUAUCUCAAGCUCACAAUCAAGAAGAGGUUCGGACUUUCUUAAUUGGUGCUAUUGUUGCUUCCGUGGUCACGGUGAUACUCCUUCUGAUCAUUUUCGUUCUGAGAAAACGUCUCAAACUGGUGAUUCAAUUGUUUGUUGAGGCAGGACGAGCCAUUCAAUCUAUGCCUUUGUUGAUCCUCCAGCCACUUUGGACUUGUUUAUCAGUGGCCGUCAUCAUCGUCCUUUGGAUUUUGGGGCUUAUUUUGAUCGAGUCCACCGGAGAGGCAGAUGAGCAUCAAAGUACAGGAUUCGUAACUUACCGUAAAUCCGAGGUUUUUAAGUGGAUGAGACUGUAUCAUCUUUUUGGACUGCUUUGGUUGGUUCAAUUCGUUAAAGCCUGUCAACACUUGGUCAUUGCGGGCGCCGUGGCGACUUGGUAUUUUUCAAAGAUAAAAAAUAAGCUUGGUCUGCCCAUUUGGAGGAGUUUUUGGCGCCUGGUUCGCUACCAUUUGGGCUCUGUGGCCUUGGGCUCGUUUCUAGUGGCCUUAAUUCAAUUCAUACGAAUCAUCAUGAAGCAGAUUGAGAAGAGAGUGAAAAACUACGGAGGAGCCGGAAAAGUUGCCCAAGCUUGCUUGAAGUGUUGCCAAUGUUGCCUUUUCUGCUUCGAAAAAGUUCUGAAAUAUAUCAACAAGAACGCUUACAUCGAAGUGGCGAUUUACGGCUACAGCUUUUGCAAGGCUGCCAAGAAAGCCUUCCAACAUAUUCAAUCCAAUCUGAUCCGCGUGGCUGCCAUCAACUCGGUGGGGAAUUUUAUCCUACUCCUUGGAAAAAUCGCUAUUGUGGUGGCCACUAUCUUCGUUGGCAUUGAAAUCAUGGAGAGCAAAUCUCCGGAAUCCGAUGGACGUACUGUGACGCACAUUUGGGCACCUGUUCUGGUUGGUGGUCUCAUUGCCUACAUCAUUGCCGACUGUUUCAUCUCUGUUUAUGGGAUGACGAUUGAUACGAUUUUCUUAUGCUUUUGCGAGGAUUGCGACCGAAACGACGGAAUUUCUAAGCCUUACUUCAUGAGUAAAGGCUUAAUGGAGUUUGUUGACAACAGUCGAAAGGCCUUGGAAGCUGCAGAAAGGCGGAAAGUUCUAUCGAAGGGCGUUGAAACGUCAAACAGCAAAUCCCAAUUCAUGGGCGACACUCAAACAAGUUUGACGAUGGUUGACUAAUUUCAAGACUUCAAGGCUGCCUCAUGUAGA